CUUUAAAAAUUGCAUUUGUGCUUCAUACUGGCAGGGUACCCUUGGUGAAUGUCUUCUAGCAGAAUGGUUUCCAAGUAUAUUAUGUAAUAAUAAUCAAAGAAUAACGUCCACUUCUUUUUUCAGUUUUCUUGGUCACAGGCACUGCACGCAAUAUAAUUAAGUAUGUGGUUUCUGUUGAUUUUGUAUCUAUGGGACUAUAAUCUUAGGAGAGUGAUAUCUUGUAUCAAGCAUUUAAUAUAGCUUUUAUUCUUGAUAUUCUAAACUUCCACUCUUUAAUGCUAUGUCUCUUUUUUUUAAAGAAGGUUAAAUCUUUGGUCAUAAUACAAUGGAUGCACAAACCAGAAAAAUGGCUCAGUUAUUGGACAAUGAUCAGUUCUUGGAAAAAGUAGGGGUAAGCAUGGGAUCUGACGCAGUUCCAAUGAAAGGCCGACCAUCCUGGCAUGAUGUUACAAUAACAGAUUUGGAGCCCGAUAAUGGAUUACUGGUUACACACAUCAACCAGACACAAGACCUGCUGAGAGCGCAAAACAGGAAAAUGCGAUCCAGUGAGGUGCAAACCACAGAAGAAUGGCUAAGAAACCACAGUUUAGAAUCCAUGCAAUUAACAUUAGAAGAUCUCCUAAAGAAGGGCAAUAUUGUCUUGAAUGCAAGAAAUGCCACAGAACAGAUAGAGUUUGCUGCCAAGACAGUUGUUAAUUUUGAAUCCAAGCUGUCUGAAGCAAUUGAACUUUAUCACCAGCGAAUUCAGUGGUUGUUGGAGGACAGCAGAAAGGUGUUCGGCCUUAUAAAAGGGAACAAAGUUGGACUCCUGGUUGAUGUAUCGGAUAUAAGUUGUGGACCUCGACUAUUUGAGUUCCAGAAAGACCUUUUGUGUCUAAUAGAUGAACAGCUGUGUUAUAAGAAGCAGUUAUAUUUCCUCUCCUUUGGUACUGAGAUUUCAUCUCUAUGGGAGAAUCCAACAAACGUCAAUGUGCGCAUCCUAGAUGAAGCAAGACAGUGGGUGCAGGAGCUGCAACCCAGUGGAGGCUGCAAUUUGCUGAAAGCUUUAAAGAAGGUCCUUACAAUGAGGGAACUGAAUUCAUUGGUUCUUAUUGUAGGAAGCUGCCCCGAUCAAUCUUCGGAAAUAUUAUCUGACUAUAUUCAGCAGUGUACCGUGGGGAGAAAGGUGCUGAUACACACCAUUACGUAUGAGUGUAGCAAUCAUGUUCCUCCUGCUGUUUUAAAGAACCUUGCGGAAGUUGUUGGAGGCUGUUAUCACUGUUAUUCUUCAAAGAGUGAGAAUUACGAUAGUAGCGAUGUUUAUCUACUGCUUUGUGAAUCCCAAAAAGCUAAGAAUAUUCUCAGCAGCAUCAAAGAAACUUUCCAGGGAAGGAUUGGUGAUUCAGUUAUUGGUAGAGUACAAGAUAUUUCCAAAGAAUUUACCAAGUUGACGCCUGCUAGUUUCCUACCCAAGCCUCCGAAGCAUGAAGGACCUCUUGUUAUACAAAUGCCAAGCUUCCUGGCCAAAACCUCAGCAGCCUGGUUAAAGACAAAUGGAUUGAAAGCCAAGAAGUUAAGCCUUUAUCAAGUUUUGGCUCCUAAUGCUUUUUCACCUGUGGAAGAAUUUGUGCCUAUUCUUCAGAAAACAGUGUCAUCAACUCUGCAUGAGAAAGCAAUGAUGCAGUUUGAAUGGCAUGAUGGGACUAUGAAAAAUGUUCACGUGGACCCACCAAUAUUAUAUGACUAUCAGAAACAGCUUGAUAGAAUGGUGAGAACGUAUGAGAGGCGAAUAGACUGGCUUUCUAUCGCUAGUAGAAGAAUAUGGGGAACUGUUUGUGAACGGAGGGUUGUUAUACUUGUUGAUAUCUCAGUAACAAAUUCCUUGUACAUCAUUCAUAUCCAACAUUCCCUGCGACUUUUACUUGAAGAACAAAUGUCAAACAAGGAUUUCUUCAAUAUUAUAGCAUUUGGAAGUGACAUCAAGUCUUGGAAACCAGAAAUGGUUCCUUCAAAUCCAGAAAAUUUACAAAGUGCCUGGAGAUGGGUGUUGAGCCUGCAGUGCAAAGGCAGUAGAAAUUUCAUGAGUGCUCUAAGAAGAGCAGUGGAAGUAGAUCUCAAAGAUAAAGACAAACAUGUAUCUCAAGGACUUUAUCUGCUUACCACUGGAGUUCCUGACCAGGAGAUGCAUGCAGUUAGUACUUACGUGGUCGAUGUCUGUGGAGGUUGUGAUUUGCAGCUUCAUGUCUGUCUGUUCAGUGUAAAUGGUUUUGACCCCAAUGGCAUUAUUCCAUCUCGUUAUGCCAGUCCAAAUGAAACCGCCAGCACGUUUAGAGAAAUAGCACAUGCUGCCAAUGGAAGGUUUCAUUGGUUUGGAGAAACAGGCAUUUAUGAAAGUGAUGAUAUCAGUAUUAUUGUGUCUGAAAUGGAAAAAGCAGUAAACUACUCCCAAAAGUGUGCCUUGCUGGUGGAAUCCUUAAAGCAACGUUCAGGAACUCAGUUGGUUAAUCAGUUUAUCCCAGAAGAAGAUUUAAAGAUGCUCUUAAAAAAGGAGAGAACUAGAGCACAGAAAUUGCUGCCUCCUAAACCUACAGCUCUCACUCUGGCUAGAAUGAAUAUCAAAGACAAUCAUGAGGGGGAAAAGAAUGCUGUCUUAAAAGCUCUGACAUGGCGUCCAACUAGUGCCAAAGCAGAAAUCCCACCACCUCAGCCGAUAAAAGAAUGGACUCAGACUUCUGUUAAGAAGAAACAUAAAUCAAGAAAACAGUCACAGAUCUCCCUCUCAGUAUUUUAUAUUGACAAAGGAAAAAAUGUGGGUGCAGUUUACAGAAAGUAUCCAAAGAAAAAAAGUAUGAGGAGGUCUGUUCCUGUUGCUACACUGCCAAAGGAAGAGGAAAUAUGUUCAAGCAAAGAGUGGUUGAACAAGUACAGUAUAAAAAAGUUGAAGUUAGAGUUACCCAGAAUUAUGUUUGGUCCCAACUGUGUUCACCAGAAGAAAAUGGUGGAGUCUUUGCACAAGAAAGUGUCAGCAAAAUACUGUACCAUCUUCCCCAGUGUGGAAAUCAAUGGUAUUGUGAAACACCUACAAUUUCAGCCUAAGGAACUAGAAGACUAUGUUGAACAAAUGGAGAGGGUGUUACGUUGCUAUAUUCGAAGAAUACAGUGGCUUCUCUCAGGAAGCCGGCGAUUAUUUGGCACCAUUUUGGAGACAAAAGUAUGCAUCUUGAUUGAUACAUCUGGUUCCAUGGACCCUUAUUUGCAACAGGUCACAAAAGAGCUUACCUCCCUCAUCUGGGAGCAGCUAAGAAAGAAUAAUGCUAGGUUUAACCUGCUGAAAUUUGCAGAAGAUAUAGACACUUGGCAGGAGUUUCUUGUAGAGGCUACAGAUGAAACCUGUCAUGAUGCUGUACAAUGGGUGUCAAAAUUCCAAGCUCAUGGCAAUACAUGUGUCCUUAAGGCUUUGCAGAAAGCUUUCUGUUUUCAAGAUCUAGAGGCACUGUAUGUUCUGACCGAUGGAAAGCCAGAUACCAGCUGCAGUCUCAUUCUAAAAGAAGUUGAAAAGAUUAGAAAGAAACAAACUAUUAAAAUCCACACCAUUUCUUUUAACUGUUCAGACAGAAGAGCUAAUGAAUUUCUGAAGAAGCUGGCCUCUCAAACAGGAGGACGCUACCAUCGCUGCAUUGGAGAUAUGGAUGGACAGUUAGCAGCACACAGAAUGUUGACAGAAGGAUUUGAUGAUGAUGAUGAUCCAGUUUUUCCUUUCUUCGAAGGAGAUGAUUUAAAGAAACUUGCUCAAGAAGUAGCAAAAGCCAGAAGCUUUUUAAUUCAGGCAAAAUCUUUUAGGUUGCUAUUAGAAAAAUGGAAUUUGGACCAAAAGGACAAUUCUUUUUUAAAAAAAAAUCCUCAGUUAUUUUAACAGACUCCAGAUAUGAUCCUUGAUGGGUAAAAGAGAUGGACUAUCAUCCUAAAAAGAAAAUUAUUCCCAAUGUCUUUAUAUAGUGAUGUCAAGAAACAACUGUUUACACAGAAAAAAAAUAAAGCCUAAAGUUGAAGAGAAUGCAUUUGCCAAAAAGAUUUUGCAAAUAACCAUUUUCACUUCUUGCUCUAAAUUUUCUCUUUGCUGCCAUCACAAGUAGGAAGGAAAGAUGAUUCUAAAAAUCAGCAGACCCACAAGCAAGCAAUACUCUUUCAUGCUGAUAAAGUCCAGCUGAAUUCACUAUGGGUCCAAUUCAACUGUCAACUACAAUCAAGGGAGAGACUAUCACUGACAUGAGUGGUAGUUUGUUCAGAAUUCUUUGGUAACAGUUCCAGAGAGACUGAACAUGUGUUCACAGGAGUCUUGUGAGAAAAUGCAAUUCCAACUAACUGCACGGUUGUGAGAGAUGCAGAAUUUUCCAGCAAUUGCAUAAAAUAUGCACUUCUAGCUAGCAAACCCAGGCACCAAGGACGGAAUCCUGGCCUCACUGAAGUCAAUGGGAGUUUUGCCAUUGCCUUUGGGGCCAAGAUUUCAUCCCAAAAAUUUAACAGAUGUAAUAAGUAAAAAUGGGCCAGAAAUGUAAAGUCCAGAUAGUGAGCUGAGAUUUCCCAAAGUCCAGAUGUCUAUAGAUCCCAGUGUUUUGUUUGGGCCCACCUCAAAUACUAACUGUAAAUGUAUACAUCUGGGAAAAAUGAAUGUGGGACAUACUUACAAGACGAAGGACUCUAUCCUUGAAAGCAGUGACUGCUCUUUGAUUUGGGGGUUCGGGUGGUUAAUCAGCUGAUCAUGAGCGCUCAGUGACAGUGUGAUUCUGUGGCCAAAAGAGCUAGUUUGAUCCUGGGAUGCAUGAACAGGGGAUUUCCAGUAGGAGUAAAGAGGUUAUUUUACCUCUGUAUUGGGCACUGGUGUGACCAC